UAUUGAAUGCAUUGAAAACACAAUACAAAACAAAUCCAUUCAUAAAAACUUAAAAUCAAUUUAAUUUAAUUAUUACUACAAAUCGGUCGACAAAUAGUGCCACAACUUAACGUGACAAUGUCUUCAUCUGCGGGCAGUGGUGGUAUGGGAUGGGGAGGGACUCCUCAAUACCACGAGAGCGCCGCCGAAAUGGACCGAAUCCGGAGGCGACACGAGAUUAGGAGGCGCUUGAAGACCGAGUACAACCGUUUGAAUUACAAUCCGUACAAAUGUGCCGCUCAUGUCGAGAUCUUGGACCCAUCGGUGCAGCGGUUUAUGGCGAUGAGGGCGUCGAUGUAUCAGUACUGGAAGCCCUCGUGGGGUAGUUUCGCAGCCUUCAUGGGAACCGCCAUUUUGCCCAUUUGGGGC